UGUCAAUUUGACAAUUGUCUAUGGUGAAGCGAAUUUCCAACAUUUCCUUCGUGUUAAUUUUACAAAUUACGAUAAAAUUUAGCGAUUAUUAUAAUGAUUCACUUCAAAGAUAGUAAAAAUAAAUCCGCGUUGAGUACAAGAUGGGCUCAAAUGUCGAAACAAGAGCAAAUAAUCGAGAGAAAGAAGAUGGAGAUCCAAGCCAAAGCGGAGGCACAGAAACAGGCUGCCGCUCUCGCUGCACAAGCGAAAUUGACCAAUCCUUCAACGUCAGAAGACAAAAAUUCUGCAAAUAUCUUUUCUAACGAUGGCAGCUUCAUGAGUCAAUUCAAGGCCCUCCUCGAAAAACAACAGCAGGAAAAGAAAGAAAAGGAAGAUAAAGAAAAAGAAAUAGAAAUGGAAAAAGAAAGAGAGAAACAACUGGAGGAGGAAAAAUUGAACAAAAAACCAGUUAACAUAAAAGCGCAAGUGGAAGCUUAUAUGUCUGAUUUUAAAGGACAUGAACCGGAACACUUGACUUAUGAUCAAGAUGAACGAAGGAAACCAAAUGACCGGGGACCUCGGGAACGGCACAGGAAUAGAUGGAGUGACAGAAACAGAAAUAGGCCACAUAGUCCCAUGACACCCGUAAUAGAGGACCGAAAAAAACAAACUGACAAAUCUAUCCCACCACUCAUGCAGCUCUCUGUUAUGCCUCCUGAUGAAUCUAAUUCCGAAUCCAGUAACCGUCCACCAUGGAUGCAGCAUGAUUCAGAUUCUAAAGACGAAUCUGAGCAUUCAGACUCUGGCAAUGGCAACAUGAUACCACCUAGCCCUAUGGGUCAUGGGCCCAUGGGACCUGGACCUAUGGGACAUGGUCCUAUGGGUCCUGGCCCGAUGGGACCUGGGCCAAUGGGACCAGGUCCAAUGGGCUCAGGACCGAUGGGACAAAGACCAAUGGGACCUGGACCAAUGGGUCCUGGCCCAAUGGGUCCCGGACCGAUGGGGCCUGGUCCCAUGGUGCCUGGACCGAUGGGUCACGGACCAAUGGGUCACGGGCCCAUGGGGCCUGGUCCAAUGGGUCCCGGUCCAAUGGGUCCCGGACCAAUGGGGCCAGGACCAAUGGGCCCCGGCCCGAUGGGGCCAGGUCCUAACAUGGGUCCUGGUCCAAUGAUGCCGCCAGGUGGACCCGGUGGUCCAAUGCCCCCAUUCAUGGGUGGAGGGCCGCCCAAUUUUCCUAUGCCGCCUAAUUUUAUGGGACCUAAUGGCCCUGGUGGUCCUUGCGGUCCCGGGGGUCCUAUGCCUCCUAAUAUGUGCGGCCCUAACAUGCGUGGGCCUGGUCCUAAUGGGCCUAUGCCACCUUUCUUUGGUCCGCCUUUUAAUCCGAAUAUGAUGGGGCCUAAUGGCCCUCCAAACUCCAUGAUGCCUCCUAAUUCUAUGAACAAUAACAACAUGCCAUUUAUGGGCCCUCGUCCACCAUUCGGGCCCAAUGGUCCUAAUUUCGGCCCGCCUGGAAGUGGACCACCCCCUAACAUGCCUCCAUUCGGACCAAACACUCCUAUGCCUGGUCGCCCAAUGCCAGAAAAGCCUUUAGAUUCUGACUCCAAGAAAAUCCAGAACAUUCCGCCAAUGAGUCACAUGUCAAAGUCAAAAGAUGAAAAUGGGAACGCUCCACCGCCGCCUAAGUCCUCACAAGUUCUUUCUGCAGAUAUGUUCCCGCCCUCAGUCCAGCGAGCUGCUGCCGAUGUCGCCUGCAACGGCGACCACUGGGAAAACGUCCUGAAAGCCAUACACUCACAAGACCAAAAUAUGUGGUUCCUUCAUAAUCCGAAAUCUAGUGAGUACAACGCGUUCAGGGAUCUGGUGGCCAAAUACCGCAGGGAGCAAGGCGAGACGAAACCAGAGGUGAAGCCUGAGGAUCGAUAUGAACCGGAGUUCAGUUUGGAGGAUGAUGACAGUAAUGACAGCAAACCGGCUAUCAAGCAAGACAUCCGUGAUGAUAGCAACCCCGAUUCCUCUGCGCACUACAUGAUGCACUUCAACGCGAUGAAGCGAGAAGCCAGCUCGCAAAGCGACGAGGAGGCCGAAAGCAAGCGAGACGCGAAGAAACGCAAAAGGAAGUCGAGGUGGGGAGAUGACCCCCCAGCGACCGAUAUCAAACCCCCAGGGGUAAUGGCCGUUUUGCCCCCAAUGCCUCCGGGGGUGCCAGGUGCUAUGCAUGGCAUGGGACCGUCUCUAGCAAAGAUAGACGAAGAUGGACUGAAAUUGACCAAUGUGAACCGCAACAACAAGGAGUUGAUGCAGUACGCCAUGACAAACUAUGGCACUACUGAUCUCAGUCCCGAAGACUGGAAGAAAUGCGAGGAUAACUUUAAACUUAAUCUUUUAUAUCAGGACAUGUUGAAGAAACGCCAGCAAGUGGAGAGGCUAGCUGCUGCUGGCAAACACAAGUACGAGUACGACAGCGAUGAAGACACGUCCGAAGGCACUUGGGAGCAUAAACUCCGCGCCAAAGAAAUGUGCGCGACAGAAAGGUGGGCCGACGAACUCACGAAGCAAGCCGCCGGUAAACAUCACAUUGGAGACUUCUUGCCACCGGAGGAAUUGAAAAAGUUUAUGGAGAAAUAUUCUGCAGUCAAAAGUGGGAAGGAACCCGAUCUCAGCGAUUACAAAGAAUUCAAAUUAAAAGAGGAUAACGUUGGGUUCAAAAUGCUUCAAAAGCUUGGCUGGAACGAGGGUCAAGGUUUGGGCGCCGAAGGAACUGGUAUAGUCGACCCUAUUAACAAGGCGAAUCAGCCAGUAGCGAAUAUGGGUCUGGGUGCGUCCGCGUCAGAUAUCGUAUCUCCGGAGGACGACGAGUUCGACGCGUAUAGGAAGCGAAUGAUGCUGGCCUAUCGCUUCAGACCAAACCCUUUGAACAACCCCAGACGCCCCUACUACUAGCACAUAAGGAUACGUAUGUUCACUUAGAUAGCUUAAUGUACUUUUUAUUGUAACUUAAGUAAUCACAAUAGAAUUUAGUAAUGUUUUCAUAUUGUUAAGGUUCUAUAGACUUUUAAUAGAAGCUAGUUGUACACGCUACACGUUUUACGGCUACAUGUUCAAUUUAAAAGUUUUGGUAAUUAAAAAUGUAUAUGAAAUUAACUCACACGUUGUAUGUAUAUUGGCAUAAUAACACUUUUUAAUAACAUUCGCACACUGUUUCAAAUAUGAAUUUAAUAACAGAUUUUUAAAACAUUGUUUACGUAAUCAGUAUUUUAUGCGAUAUGGUGAUCAGAAUUUUUAAUAAUUGCAUAAAUAAUGUGUUAAAUAACUUGUUUACGGCUAGUCUUAAAACUAGGGAUUAGUUUAUUGUAACGCCCUGUAUUUUUUACAAACUACUUUUAAUAAGCAAAUGUAUAAAACUGUUUUUCCUAAAUUUUACAACUACUGUACAGUUAUUUAUGAUAACUAAAGUAAAAAUGCAUGAAUGAUGCCCGUUUUCAUCAUCAAUCCCUAAU